AUGGUUCUAGAGGCUUGUCCGAAUCGGCAGGAAUUCUGCCGAAUUUUUUUCUUGAGCAAAAAUUUGUGGGAAGGUGUUGUAUGGUCUUCGGGUUCUGCUGAUGAUGACCUAUCAACCAAUCCAAUGCAGAGCGAUGUGGCUCUACGCUAACGGUUCUUGUGCUAGGUUCGAGGUUCUUGUCAGUGGGUUGCUCUAUGUCUCGGACGGUCGUCGCCGAAGAUAAUAGAUCAAAGACUCGAAGACCGAGGAUGAUAGAUGGUGCUUCGAAGAGGAAACUUUUUCGUUAAUUCUGCUCGCUGCUGUACUCAACUCAAGCCGACCAACACUGCUGGUGCUGCUCGACCGUACUUCUGCACUCACUUGCUGGAACCAACCACCGCUUCGAACUCUGUCAACGCACUGGCAACCGGGUACUCAAGCUCGUCUUCUGCUCCUUGCCCUGGUAGACUCUCUCUUCUGAAUUCAUGAGCGGCAGCGCUCCUGCUGCUGCUGCUGCACAACAUCCUUCACGUACGUCCACAGAAAUAUGCCAAACAUUCCCUGAUUCCGUCGCAAAGCGGGGACCGAACCCAAACAUCCCCUGCAGCGAGCCUACUUCGUACCACAUUCCCCCACACUUCCUUUUGAAAUGGUGGAAAAUUUUCAUCAUGUCCACAAGUAAUCCACACCGUCAUGAUUUCCUUUGAGAGAAUUUGGCAUGUUGUUGUUGUUGUUGUCUUCACAUUAAACCGUAUGUCAGUUGCCAAAUGCCAAAAUCUAGCAAAAGACUCUCAGCCCGUGGUCACGAAAGUGCUAGAGCCAUCUGAGGAUCUAAAGAACACGCACACAUAUAACGAGAAAAUGGUAUCCAAGAGCCCGAAGAGGUACACCUCAAAAUCCCUGCAGCACCUAUGCGUGCCCAAAAACUGAACUGCACGUCCGUCCCACCGUUCGACUACAGUAGCAUCACCCCCUCCCUGUCCCACCCUAUACCAAAACGGAAGAUUGCCGACUACAGCAUACUGCUGUCUGAAGUGCUGUCUGUACAAAAACACCAUGGUAGGCAUGGAACAAGCAGCUGGCGGGGCACAAAGCUGCUGUCUGAAGUGCUGUCAGAAUGUGUCUGCGGCCGUACAGUGAAAAAGAACAACCAACCAAAGCCAUCAUAGCAGCAAUUGACAAUCACCCGAAUCUCUCCCGAUCGUCUGUGUUAGGCACUGCAGUGAAAAAUAUCGACACUAGCUAAGAAUCGUUCCACAUUGAAGGGGUCUUCCACGAUCAGGCACAAAACCAAUGCACCCGGGUUAGCCACGCCAUCUCUGACGGGUCUCUCUACAAAACCGGUGACGAUGUUAUCACACAAAACCAACACGGAAAGUCAGAAAAAAAACGAAAAAAAUUGACAACACAGAUAGAAAUGUUUGUCCGUGCGCAACGGGUCGAUGUCGCCCGCAUGCUCCGGUGCCAUUGCUCCAUCCGGCGCCGCUGUAGUCAGCCCGAGCAAAACGCCACUCGACCUGCUCCGUCCGUACACGCUCUCGUUGCUGUCCUUCCCAGUCCGUUCCUCGCUUUCUCCCUCAUUGCACUCAAGGUUCUUGGUCUGAAAAAAAUAAAAAUUCUCGCGCCGAAUGGUCAACCAGCCUAGUUCAGCUCGUCGCCACCUGCUCCCUCCUCCUUUGAUGGCGAAGCCAGGUUACUGAGGCAAUACAGCUCCCUCUAGCAAACCUAGGGCCGUGUAGUGCCCGUCCACCUUUCUGAUGGUGUCUGCCUCCGCGCACAAAAAUGAGAUGGGCAUCACUGCCUACGCCGACGGCCAGAAAGGCCCGCGCAUCUACAUUUUCCCGCCUGACCCCAUCAGUGCC